GCCACGAGGCUCAGGGAUCUGUGCAAGAAGAACGGGGGCAUCUACGUCAAGGCCGGGCAGCACAUAUGCGUUCAGCCCGUGUCGCCUGCCCCCUUUCAGACGAUACUGAGGACCCUCAUGGACAGCGCGGGGGUCCGACCUUUCGAGGAGGACCGAGCCACGUUUUACGAGGACCUCGGCGUGGAUAUCGAGGAUGCCUUCGCAUCCAUCGAUCCCACCCCGGUCGCGUCCGCGUCGCUGGCGCAGGUGUACAAAGCGACGACGCACGGAGGCGAGACGGUCGCGGUCAAGAUCCAGCAGAGGCCAGUCGCGAGAUUCCUCGCCAUCGACCUCGCCACCAUCGACGCGUACUACUCCCUGCUGUCCUUUCUCAUCCCGGGCCUGAGGUUCCAGUGGCUCGCCAACGAGACCCGGCGGCACAUGGCCGAGGAGCUGGACUUUCGCGAGGAAGCUAAGAACGCGGAACGCGCCCGGGCGCUCAUGGCCAAGGACUUUGACGAUUCGACCGAGCUGCACGUCCCGCGCGUGCACGAUACGCUGAGCGGCGCGAGGGUGCUGACGCAGGAGUGGUGCGACGGCGUCCGGAUAGACGAUAAGGAGGGGCUGCGUCAGCGUGGGGUGGACCGACGUGAGCUCGCGACGUUGGUCAACAGGAUCUUCGGCCGGAUGACGUUUGUUCACGGAUUCGUGCACUGCGAUCCCCACCCGGGAAAUUUACUCGUCGACUCCAACGGCCGCGUCGUGCUCCUGGACCACGGCGUGUACCGGUCCCUGGACGACGACACCAGGCGCACGUGGUGUAAGCUGUGGCGCGGGCUCAUCGCGAACGACGACGCGGAGAUGCGCGCGGCGGUGGCGGACCUCGGGGUGGACCCCGAGUUGACCACGUUUUUCAGAAUCGUCCUCGCGCUGGUCCCCGCCAGGGUGGUGGAGGACGUCCACGGCACCAGCACGAGCGCGCUCUCCAGUUUCGGCAAACGCGAGGUGAUGCGCGACGUCCUCGGCGUCAAGGUGGAGCGCCAGACGGAACUCUUCGAGACGUUACCCCGGGACCUGCUCAUGAUACUCAAGGCGAACAACCUGCUGAGGUACGUCAACGAGCAGCUC